GGAGUUUGAUGUAUUAAAAUUAUUGCUAUAAAUAAAAGCACAAUCUCUCACUUUCUUCCCCUCUGAUGAACGUGUCUUUCUUCUAAGAAAAGAAAGCUGAAGAUGCCACCUGCAGGUGGGUCUACUUUCAGAAGCAGCCAUGAUGACAUGAAUUCCUUCGAGGUGUUUCUAGAAGAUUGGAUGAUUCGGCAAGAGCAAAUUCUAGAAGAACUACUCCUCGUAGCACAGGACAUGGCUUCUAAUAUUGUAGAAUCCCAAGAAGUGAACAGUACUGUUGUUAUGAGAGACCUCAUAUCUCGAGUUCUAGCUCAUUAUCAAGAAUACUAUGAAGAAAAAUCAAGAAUGACUCAUAGGAAUGUUUUCCAGGCCUUCUCACCUCCAUGGUUCACUCAACUCGAGAGGACUUUCCUCUGGAUCGCUGGCUUCAAACCUGGCUUAGCUUUCACUCUGGUAACCGAAUCUGUAAACGAUUUGAGUGAAAAUCAAGUCCAGAUGCUGAACCUUGUGAGAGAGGAGACGAAGGUUGAAGAAAAGCGUCUGAUGGAAGAGCUGGCGAAAAUUCAAGAGAGUGUAACUGGUUUCCAGUUUGUGGGAGUAGCAGGGCGAACAGGAGUUCAGCUUUUAAACACUGGGAAUAUAGAGGCAGAGAUGGAUGAACUGAGGACAGCCAUGGAGAUUGUGGUGAUGGAUGCUGAUAGGCUGAGGACAGGAACAGCAAAUCGAGUUGUAGGAUUACUUAAUCCAUUGCAAAGUUUGAGGUUUCUGACUUCUGCAGCUCAGCUUCAACUGAUGAUGAGGAGACUGGGAAAACAAAAAGAAGCUGAGAGCCAGCAGAAUAAUAACAACAACAAUAAUGAAGUUUAAAUGGACGGUAAUGAAUACUCAUGGAUUUUGUGGUUUCUAGGCACCAAUUGGCAAGAUUUAAGUUACGUUAUUUUGCUUUUCAGAUAUAGCUAGGAAGUAAUUGCUCGCUACUCUUUAAAAAUGUCGCUGCACGUUGAAAUGUUUUAAAAUAAUUCAUUUCUGAAAAAUUCAA